AUGCCCGGCGAUACGCAAGACUUCAAGUCCUUACAAGAUGAAGUUCAAGCAGCUCUUGUAUCAACCAUCAAAACUGCCGGUCACAUAUCAUCAGAAGACCUCGGUUUUCAUCGAUCAUUGAAUCCUGAAGUGGGGAGUGCUCUAGAUGAACAGAAUGCGCGUUUACUUUCCCUUGCCAAUGACUUGCUUAAAUCUGCAGGUUCUGUAUCAGGUCUACAAGUACCUUCUUUAGAAGAUGUCGAUGACGUGGACAACAAUUGGCGCAGUGUCGUGGACGUUGUGGAUUCCUUACUUGAAAAAACGGAUAUCUGCCUUGACGAAUAUACAGGAAUUAUCAAAAAGAAACAAGUCGAAGAGUCUUCUGCGACACCAAAACCCCAGAAAAGGUUCCUUGACAACUCGCUCCGAACACAAAAUCUUGUGAAGCCGCAACUCGCAUUCGAGGUCAAACCCGACAAUGAGGAUACAUCAUCCUGGCUACCUCUUCUCAAAACCAAACCGCAUGCGAAGGUGUCAUUGAAGGAUAGUCUUGGUAUGAUUACAAACGAUUACGACCAGGAACAAUACAGACAUCCUUACGAAACGGAAAUCCUGCAAUUGCAAUACCCAGAAUCUAUGUAUCAGAAAGCAGAACCAAUAAAAUACCUACCGGUCGAAAGCACAUCUGCGACGUUUGUCGAUACCUACGAAGGCGUUCUGGAGAUGCUAGAAGAGCUUAAAGGUGCUACGGAGAUCGCGGUCGACUUGGAGCAUCAUGAUGCUCGUUCAUAUGUUGGUCUUGUAUCUUUGAUGCAAAUCAGUACUCGCGAGAAGGAUUGGAUCGUGGAUACCCUCAAGCCUUGGAGACAAAAGCUGCAAGUACUCAAUGAAGUUUUCGCCGAUCCAAGUAUAAUCAAGGUUUUCCACGGUGCUUAUAUGGAUAUCGUAUGGCUCCAGCGAGAUCUUGGGCUGUAUGUCGUCGGCUUGUUCGAUACACAUUACGCAUGCAGAAAUUUGGGGUUCGCCGGAGGAAGCUUAGCUUUCCUACUAAAGAAGUACAUUGAUUUCGAUGCCGACAAGAAGUACCAAUUGGCAGACUGGCGAAUUAGACCACUUCCUGAAGAGAUGUACUUCUAUGCUAGAUCUGACACACAUUUCCUUCUCUAUAUCUUUGAUCACCUACGGAAUGAGCUAAUUGAUGCUCCUGACACUGAAACACCUGGAGAAAACCGAAUGGAGAUAGUUUUACAAAAGUCCAAAGAGACUUCGUUGCUUCGAUAUGAGCGACAAACAUACAAUACAGAAUCUGGAAAAGGACCGGGAGGGUGGUUUUCAUUAAUUUACAAGACACCUGCUCUGUUAAGUAGCGAGCAAUUUGCUGUUUUCAAAGCCGUACACGCCUGGAGAGAUCAGAUAGCACGAAAAGAUGAUGACAGCAUAAAUUUCGUCAUGUCGAAUGCUGUUAUCGUCAACCUAGCAAAAUUCAUGCCCAUGGAUAUGAUAGCUUUACUGAGCAUCAUUCGACCAAUAUCUCAUAGUGUAAAGUCACGCACCGGAGAACUUUUGGAAGUCAUCAAGACUGCAAAGGAAAACGGAAAAGAUGGUCCCAAAUCGAUAGAUGUCCUCAGAAAAUCACCAGAUGCGGCGGGUACUCCAAAGCCCAAUACCGAAGGGAAAUCUACACACCAAAAGUCAUCUAAACUUGACGUAACACCAGUAGACAAAACUGAACUUACAACUGAAACAUCUUCUUUCUGGGGAGGUGCAUUUGGAAGCAGUAUUUGGGAACCCUCAAUCGCAACCCCCGAGCAAGAUAACAUGAGGCUUGCAAUCCCCUUACCCCAACUCUCGGAAGAAGUUUUCGCCCCCUCAACCACUCCCCUUACCGAUCGAUCCCGUUUCGCCAUGCCAGAUGCCCAAAUACCAGUCGCGACACCUACACCUAGCAAAGCGAAAGACGAACCAUUUGUUCUUAAACGCGGUUCCAAAAGAAAGAGUGAAGUCAUCACCGACCCCGAUGAGGAUCAGGAGGUCCCUGGCGAAUACGACAUCUCCCUCGACUACAUUUCAUCCGCGGAGGUCGACAGACGCGAAGCUAAAGCUAAAUUUAUGGCCGCGUCAGCAGCACGUAAAGCGGAGAGAAAAUUACUGAAGAAGCAAAAGAAGAAAGCAAAGAAAAACGAUUCAGAAGACGUAGAGGAAGCGGAAGUAGAAGAGCAAGAGCAAGAGCAAGAGCAAGAGCAAGAGCAAGAGCAAGAGCAAGAGGAAGAGGAAGAGGAAGAAGAAGGAGACUUCGACUACAGCAAAGCAGACUCGGUACUCAAUUCUAAGAAGGAUAAAACUGAAAAGGGUGGAAAAGGCGGCAAAUCAAAGAAAGAUAAACCGUUUGAUCCGUAUCAGAAGAGUAUGGAUGCAGCGAAGGGAAUGAGGCGAGUACAGACAGGAGAAAGGGGUGGAAGAAGUGCUACAUUUAAAAAGUGA